AUGAGUCCCUACAACAGGUCAAAAGUUGCUAAAGACCCCAGAGAUGUUGAGUAUGUCUUGGCAAUUUCCCGUCUGAGUUCUUUUGUCGGACCAAUCAAUUGGUCAGACCCUUAUUUCCAAGACAACGGCUAUUUCAGACCAAGGACAAACAGCGAUAUCAAGUACGAGUCCUUGAACCCAUUUGGGGUUAUAAGGGAAGUUUUGUUUGACAAGGUAGAUGUAACUGGUGAUGUAGAAGAGAAAGUGACCCGAUAUGGAAUGUGUUACACGUGGAAUGCUGAUGGAUCAGUCACUACUACCUCUACUGGAAACUCCAUGAACUUCGUUGCUUUUCUGAACGUGAACAACGACCAGAACUACCAAAGCAUAGACUGCAGCAAAGGAUUAAAAGCAGCUGUACAUGAUCCCGGUGAACAUCCAGCCAUAGAGGAAAAUGGAUUCCUCGUCCCACCAGGCACACUGGCACUGGCAACACUCUCCAUAACAACUCAUUCUUAUCUUGGUAAACCGUUCAUAGCCUUUGGUGAUGAGUACUGCGUGGAUACUGCGUCUUAUGGUUUCGUUAACUCUGUACAUCCAAGUCCAUACAGUAUGAACGCCUGUAACCAAAAGUGUAAAGCUGAUCAUACAUAUCAGCGCUGUGGAUGUGUACCACUAGGUUCCAUAGACACAACGUUUUCAAGUAUUCCUAAACCUUGUUAUUCUCCACAACCUUGUCAGCAGACAACUUAUGACGUCAGAGUCUCUUAUGCUCUAUUCCCGUCAGAAGAAACUGGAUCUUUUAUGGAGAGUCGAUUGGGUGUUUCCACAGAAUAUAUCAGGGAAAACUUUAAAGAAGUACAUAUCUAUUUUGAUAAAAUGAAAGUGCAUGACGUAAAGCAAGUGCCCGUGUAUGCAUCUGAAAAAGACACAUUGUCAAACAUUGGCGGUCAGAUGGGACUUCUUUUGGGAGCAAGUCUAUUGUCUCUGUUGGAGAUUUUUGAAUUUUUGGUAAACUGUGUGAUAUAUCUGAUUAAGAAAUGUUGGAAGAGAAUUGCUUGUACGACCAAUGUCUGGAAGGUAAAAGAUGCUGGCAUUGCAUUUGAGAACUAA